UGGGCCUCAUGCCACAAUGGCAGCUUUUCUUCCUCCAUUCCGCACCUCACCUGGAUCUCCCUCCCCACCGCCAUGGCCAGUGGCGGGGGGAGGUGGGACGGUGCUACCAGUAAAGCUUGUGCUGGGCCAGGAUGGUAUUGGGAUGUUGGGCGGGUUGCGUGCGAUGUUAAGGGUCCCGAGAGGCGAUGCCGAUGAGUAUAUUGCGGAGCGGAGGGUAGGCCUUUCUAUGCGCUUGUAUAAUGCUGGUCGGUUACGAGACCGACUUGCCCGGGAUAAUAUGCGCUGA